CUUGGAUAUUAUAACAGUCUUGACCUUCACUACUGUCAAAAAAAAGUUAUUUGACAUUGACGUAUGCGAGUCAUUCUUGUCAAUUGGUAAAUAAGUGGGAGGCGAACGUUCUAGAAAAAGGAAGAAUUUUCGAUAGAAUAUCGCGAUUUUAACCACGUUCGAAUCGUAUUAAUCGAAAGAAAACAGUGAAACGUCCGCACGCGAAAUGGAUAAGGUCGCCGCUUUGAAAGACAAGGGAAACGCAGCCCUUAGCGCCAACAAAAUCGACGAGGCCGUCAAAUACUACACGGAAGCCAUCGACGUCGAUCCGAAAAACGCCGUUUUAUAUUCCAACAGGUCCGCCGCUUACGCCAAAGGCAGUCAAUACGAGCUGGCCCUCAAAGACGCCGAAAGGGCCGUGGAAAUCAAGCCGGAAUGGUCGAAGGCGUACUCCCGGAAAGGAGCGGCCCUCUCCUAUUUAGGUAGAUUCGAGGAAGCCAUAGCGACGUACGAGAAAGGCUUGCAAAUCGAUCCUAACAAUGCCCAACUCACCGAAGGUCUAGCUGAGGUGAGAAGUCAAAAAGCCCAAAGGAGCCGAUCGAUGCCGAACCCCUUCUCCGGACCGGACGUGCUGUUCAAACUGAGAAACGAUCCCCGGACCAAGGCGUUCCUGGACGAUCCGGAGUACCUGGCCCUAUUGGCGCAACUGCAAUCGAACCCGCAGAGCUUGGGCAGCCACCUGCAGGAUUCGAGGGUGCUCACCACGCUCAGCGUGCUGAUAGGAAUGGAUCCGGGGGCCGACGAACCCAUGGACACGGAACCAGUCUACACGCCGCCGCCUAAGAAACCGGAGCCCAAGCCGCAGCCGAAGGCGGAACCCGAACCGGAAUUGCCGGAGAACAAAAAGUUAGCGAAUUUGGCGAAGGAAGAGGGUAAUUCGUGUUACAAGAAGAAGGACUUCGACAACGCCAUCAAGCACUACAGGCAGGCCAUCGAGCACGAUCCCACCGACAUAACGUUCUACAAUAACCUGGCGGCGGUGUACUUUGAGCGAAAGGAGUUCGACCAGUGCAUCAAGGAGUGCGAAAAGGGCAUCGAAAUCGGCCGAGAGAACCGGGCCGAUUUCAAACUGAUAGCCAAAUCGUUUAUGCGCAUCGGCAACGCGCACAGGAAAUUGAAGGACUACAAAACCGCCAAGAUUUUCUACGAGAAGUCCAUGUCCGAGCACCGAACGCCCGAAAUAAAGACGCUCCUGUCGGAUGUGGAGAGGAUCAUAAAGGACGAGGAGAAGAAGUCGUACAUCAAUCCCGAAUUGGCCGAGAAAGAAAAGGAAUUAGGCAACGAAUUGUUCAAAAAGGGCGACUACGCGACGGCCGUGAAGCACUACACGGAGGCGAUAAAGCGCAAUCCGGACGACGCGAAAUUGUACAGCAACCGGGCCGCCUGCUACACGAAACUGGCCGCCUUCGAUCUGGGCCUGAAAGACUGUGAUAAGUGCGUCGAGCUGGAACCCAAGUUCAUCAAGGGCUGGAUAAGGAAGGGCCACAUUCUGCAGGGCAUGCAGCAAUCGAACAAGGCGAUAGCGGCGUUCCAGAAGGCGCUGGAGAUCGAUCCGAACAACAUGGAGGCCUUGCAGGGUUACAGGGCGUGCACCAUCGAAAACGCGAAUCUCGACGGGGAUCCGGAGAAGGUGAGACAACGGGCCAUGUCCGAUCCGGAGGUGCAGCAGAUUCUCAGAGAUCCGGCGAUGCGGAUGAUAUUGGAGCAGAUGCAGAACGAUCCCAAAGCGCUACAGGACCAUCUAAAGAAUCCCGAUAUCGCCGCUAAAAUACAGAAAUUGCUCGCGUCCGGGCUGAUCGCUAUCCGUUGAUGAAUUUAGUUUUCUUUUUUUUUAUUAAUUAUUCGUAUUCAUAUAAGAUUUUUAUUUUGUGAAAUAAUUGGUAAAUUGAUUUAUCAAGUUAACGAACGACUGGUUUCCAUGUAACGUAUCAAUUUUUUUUGUAUCGUUAGGUUGUAACAUCGGCAUUAAAUUAUAAAAUGAUUUAAAAAAAAGAAAAA